AUGUUAACGUUAAAGUACAAUAAUGAACCGAUGGAAAAAUACUUGGUUAAAUUUGACGACCUUUAUCGUCAAGUGAAAGGGUCUGGAUGCAAGGUUGAAGAAGAUAUGAUUGCUUGUUUACUACUUCUAACAUUACCAGAAUCUUUUAAUUUUAUGGUUAUUGCUAUUGAGGCUCUAUCAGAAGAACAGAUCACAUUAGAUUUUGUCAUGCGACGCCUAUUAGACGAGGAAGCUAAACGGUCAUUGGAAAUUAACCUACUAGCAGCCAUGAUGGUACGUCGUCAGUUUUUGAAGUAUUUAGAUUUAAAUGUCAUUAUUGUAACUUAUUUGGCCACAAGAAUCAAUUUUGUAAGAAAUUCAAGUCUGGCCAACAAAAGAAAAGAAAAAGCAAAAUAACCAAUUUACCUGAGGAAGAUAGAGGUUUUACAUUUAUGGCAGAUACGAAUAGUGUAAAUGAAAGUAAACCUAAUAAAAUAAUAUAUAUAUAUAUAUAUAUAUAUAUAGUUAGAUUCGGGCUCGACCCACCACUUGGUAAAUUAUGAAUUUUAUUUACAAUCAAUUAAAAUAUUAGAUCCUUCUGUAAACAUUGGUGCAGCUAAAUGUGAAAAAAAUCUACUUGGAACAAAAAUAGGUACUGUAAUUGGUUACACAAUUUUUUUGUAGUCGAUUUGCGUCUAUCAUUAAUCGAAAGUCUGACAAAGAAGUAUGAUUAGGCUGAUUACUGUGACGUUAUGCUACAACUUAAAAAAUACUGUUUUUGUGCCUCACAUCGUGCGUUAUUGCAUAUUUAUUGCCUAUCUAACGCCUUCAAUUCAAUUUUCAUGCAUUUUGAGAAUCACUGGGCUCAUUUAUUAAAUAUUGAUAGCGGAACAUCCAUAAAUUGUCAAUUGUCAUGGAAUCUAUGACUAGGUUAUUCAGGCUCUUCACACCACACGGUGUCAGUUCGUGUCAUAUUAUUAUUAUAUUAAAUGUCUAUGGUUUGUGUGGUUCAUGUUCAUGACGUAAAGUGCAUUCAGCUAUCAAACAAUUAAAAACAAUUACAGUAAACUAUACUCCCCUAUAAGAACACACCGUUCGCUCGGCGCAUCCUAACGUAACGCGACGUCCUGCCUCCUUAACUUAGCCUAUUCGCUCAAUGGUUGAUCGCCUUUAGUCGGCUGCUCGAGUUUUGACCGACUAUCGUCCGCCGCCCGUUGCGUUUUUAUUUGAAACGGAGUAUGUGUUCCUAAAAUAGUUUGUGUUCACCAAACCACAUACCUGCCAGGAGAAAUCCGUUAUGAUCGUUGCGGUCACCCUCCACUUUAAGUGUCGUGACUAUAGUAACCACUAACCAGGUUGCUCAACUGCAUCGCCAAGACGCGUCAAAUAUUAGAUGUCAAAACCUCGCGGUUUCACAUUUCAAUUUUUUUUCUGCAACUGAAUUUUGGUAAAGUAUAUUAUCUUGUUCAAAUUAAUUGACAAUCUAAUACGUUCAUCAUCAGUAUGAUUAUUAUGUGUUUGCUGCCAGUGGUCGUCUGUUCUGUAUGGCUUUUGGACCUAUUAUGCUUCGGGCCAAUUAUUUUUAGUUUCUAUACUAUUAAGAUGUAAUCCAUAGUGAAUUUUAAUUGUUAAAGGUUAUCCAUGUUAACUCCGUUUUUAAAUUCAUGCCGACUAUACAUUGUUCUCACCUAGAUAUAUUAAUUUUUUUAUUUAUAGGUAGUUAUUUUAUAUUAUAUGUUUGGCAUCUAGUCAAGUUCAAUAAUUGUUAUUAUGAUAAGGUUUAUGAAAUUCCCAUAAAUUUUAAAAACCUGUGGUACUCAGUAUUCACUUGUACGUUAGUUGUAUAAAUAUUCAACUAUAGGACUUUUAAAACUUCCGUGGGUGCAUGUAUCCUCUAGGCACGGCUGCAUUUUAUAAAAUAUAACACAACUCCAAAAAUAUAGUAUUACGACCCACAGUUUGAGAACCUCUAUCUAAGUUAUGAAGUAGUUAUUUAAAAAAUAUGAAAUAUUAUAAUUUGUAUUAACAAUUUUCAACUUCAAGUAAAUUUCUGCUAUAGUAAACAUUACAAUUUUAAAUUAAAGAUUUAAUAUUUAUUUUUGAUAAAAAUGAUACAUAUAGGAAUAUCAUAGUAUGCAAAGAAUUCCAGAAUUCUGUUGUAAAAUGUAAUCAGUCUUUUUUAAUUCAUUAUUAUUAUUAUUUUGCAGGCUGCCUAUUCAGUGGUUUAACAGCCAGUCAGGUCAGCUGCAACAUAGACCACACCAAGAUGCCGAACUAACGUUUAUUGUCCAAGUAAGAAAAUAUGGGCUAUGGCUUUACAUGGGUUUGAUCCAGGAUAUAACUAUAGAUAUAAUUUAAUAUAUUAUUAAUUAAAUUUCUACAAUAUUUUUCAGUGACCUAUUCCACCAUCCCCUAACUUUUCAGUAUAGAUACUUAUUUUAAAAUUCCAGACUUUCAAAAGUUUUAUAUUUUACNAAAGUUUGGACUCAACACUUGCAUAUAAAUAUGUAAUUCAAAACAAACUGUUUUGAUUUUCAACAUUUGAUACUUACAAUUAUUUUCAAAAUGUUUAUUAGUUUUGACAUAGGGCGUGAUGUUCUUGUCUAUUGAUUAUGUAAAUAUGUGCUAACGUUCAAAUUUAUCCGGUGAUGUUAAAAUAUGUAGGAAAAAAAAUCAAAAAAGCUAAUAAAAUAAUAAAGUAAAAACAAAUAUAUAUAUAUACCAUAUUAUGGUAAAAUAAUUACAUAUGCAUUAUAUAUUUCCUUUAAUAAUAUUUGUUUAAUAUUGUACCUAUUUUCCUAGUUUUUCCCAUUUAUUGGAAAAACUUGGGGAAAUCAAAAUACGACUUCCCCUGUCAGAUUUCCUUCCUGAAAAAGUGUUAUCAUUGAAAAUCUGAACAAAAUUGCUGGUAGAAAAUUGUUCCAUAGAAAAAUAAACAAAUAAACAUUAUAAAAUAAUGAGCUUCACUCCACUAACUAUAUUAACUGCAUAGUAGAUAUACUGAGAAAAAGUGGGAGAAUGAACGAAAUAUAUUACGAUUUUUUUUGUAAAUGACUUCUGCCAUAAAUUUUUCUCCAAUUUAUAAUGAUGAAAAUUUUUCUAAAAAGGAAAUUUCACUAGCAAGGUAUUUUAGAGAAGUCAUUUUUCAAUUUUAUAAAAGUUUUCCCAGCUAAUAUGAAAAACCGAAAAAAAACACAGGAAAAUCGGUUAAAUAUUAAACAAAUAUUAAAGAAAAUAUACUAUCCCUAUUUAAUUAUUUUACUAUAUUAUGAUGUAUAUAUUGUUGACAAAGCAUCAUUAUCAACUGGACUGUGUUUAAAAUCGUUUUUUUGUUAGCAAUAAUUUAUCGUUGCUUAUAGGUAUACAUGAAAUCACUUAUAUGGUGGCUGCACUUGUCCCCAUUAUCCUUGGAUGUAUUUUUUUUCAUUGCUUUAACCUAAAUCUGAACAGCAGCAGAUUCAAAUUUAUAUUAUGGGUGGGGAGGGGUGAAUAUUGCACAUUCAAAAAUAAAAUAUCUGAAUAAUUACAUAUUUGUACAAAUAUCUGUAAGUGUGUGAACUUAUACAAAUUAGUUAUUUUAAUAUAUAUAACAUAAUACAUAAAAUUACUAGUUAUGUUAUUAUACAACAUUGUCCUCAAUAGAGUCUCAGUUGUUUAUGACUGCAUAUUUUUUUCGCGUAAUCAGAAUUAUAUUGAGUAUGAUAUAAAUUUGAUUCACGAAUUCUAGUUUGCUAAUAAGCAAACUUAUUUUGCAUAUUUGAUACUUUAGAACACAUAAAUGAAUAUAUUGAUUAUGUCUAGAUUAUUCAGCAUAUAUUUUAUAAGUUAUAAUUAUAAUAUAAAAAAUUAUCCAUAUCAUUAUAAUGAUCAAUUAUCGUCAAUUGUGUGUGUUUGAUUAAGACCUGCAUACAAUUAGGAAACUAGAUAAUUAUAAACCAGCAACGUAGUUUUUGUUGAGUAUUUUUACUAGGAAAUUUAUCUUAAGUAAAAUACAGUCUCCUCCCCCCCUCCCCUACUGAAUCCGUGCUUGAAUCUGAGUUUGGUUUAUAACUAAGAACAAUUUAAUUUGAGUCAUAUUGUUAUUGCUACACUAUGCUGUAAUUUGGUAGAUUAGCUACAAUGAUUUAUGUUUGCCUUUACAGUUCAGUCUACUUAUCCUCAUAUAUUUUGUCUUAUAAGUUGAAGUAGUUUAAUUAAUAGUAUGACUUAUGGACUUAUGUAUAAUAUUUAUUUUAUUAUACUAUAAUAUUGAUGUACCUAUUAUUACAAAUGAUUUCUUUUUAGGUAAAAGAAAACACAUUUAAAUACAAGGGGAUUUUUCAAAAUGUAGUUUAAAAUUACCUGUGUUCUUUGGCAGAGGAAACAAUUUAUUAUGGUUAGAAAUAAUUGCUUUUCUUUUUCUUUUAAAUUACAAGAAUUUUAACCUUGCCCUUAUUUAAUUUGUAUUCGUGUCAAACCCGUGAUCGGUUUUUGAUCCUUUCCUCUCGGUCUUAUAUUUUCAACGAUAAAGCAACAAUCAAAAAUCAGAUUUUCUGCGUUCAUUCUCUUUAUCCUGUUAACCACAUAUGGCUUUCUGAAAUGAAAUAUCUACAUACUAAAAAUUAUUUCAUACAACUUUGGUUCAUAUAUACUACACCAUAAAAUAAUCUGUGGUCAGAUUAACUAUUUACCUAAUAGGGUAAAAAAUAACUUUAUUCUAUAACUAAAAAUCAUAAAAAGAAAUCCUCAUUAAAUAAACCUAAAAUAUACUACUAAUGGAAAGUUUAAAUACUAAUAACAGUAGCAUUCAUAUGUUCAAACAUGGGACUUUUUGUGAUUUUUGAAGGAGCUCUUAUCAACUAAUUAAUGCAUAAGUCGGAUCUCAUGAUCCUAAUAUUUAAAAAAGCGCUCGGUGAUUAAAUGUAUUAAGGUUGGGUGAGUACUCUACUUUGAAAAACAUUUCCAGUCGAGUUCGAGUACUCGAUUCGACUUGAUGAAGGUUAUUUUGUUUACUCGAAUAUUUGAAAAAUAUUAAAAACUAUAAAUAUCUUGAAACUCAAAUAUUUCUGAUAACUGAUAAGAAAAACCAAGAAAUAACUUGAAGGUUCAUUGUUUGUUAAAUUUGUUACAUUAAAUGUAAUGAGUGUUGAAAAUUUAAUUUUGAGCUCUCCAUAAUAAUCGUCUGUAUACAACGAAUAACUCAAUAGUACUGAUCGGAGAACUGUUGUUUUGUGUAAGGCAAGGUCAAAACCAUCGAGUUAACCAAUGUAAAUAUUGAUACUUAGUAUUACAUUAUUAUUUUUAGUAAUAGAUGUCACUGAUCAGAAUACAUACGCAGGUAACUACUGUGGAUAUUGUUAAUGAAUCUAGUCAGAUUUUCCCAGUGCUUGAAAGUUGUUUAUGUAAAGAUCUAGAAAAUGUAUUUGAAACACAAACAUUUUGUGACAUUACAUUUUUGGUUGGUGGGUGAGAAUUUAAAGCACAUAAAAGUAUACUUUCUGGUAAUUAUUUUAAUCGGAUUAUUCUUCUUAUAUACAAUAAUAUUGUAUCAAAUAAUAUAUUAAUUAAUGUGUUUCUUUAGGAAGGAGUUCUGUAUUUGGUGCAAUGUUAGAUCAUGAAUUUGCAGAAAGUAUACAAAAUUGUAUCACCAUUAGCGAUAUAGACCAUAAAGUUUUUGAAGAAACAUUGAGAUUUAUGUACACAGGCCGAUCUGAAAAAAUAGAAAGCGUGGUAAACAAAUUGUUAUCAGCCAACAAGGUAUACAAAAAUAUUGUUGAUAAAUUUUCUGAUAUUUGAAUUUGCACCCAUAAUAAAGUACAUUAUACAUACUCAUACUGUUGUUUAUAUUACAGUAUGCUUUAGAGAGACUGAAAGUCAUAUGUGAAGAAGUUUUGAGUAAAAAAAUAUCUAUUGAUAAUGUGUGCGAUUUCUUAAUGUUGACCGAUAGACAUAAUGCUAAUCAAUUAAAAGUUCAAACCAUGACGUUCAUUAAGAAAUGUGUAUUAUAA